GACAACCUAGAAGUAGACUUUCUCCUCUUCGCACUGGAUAGAAAAGCUGCUUUUUUUUUUUUUUUUCCAUUUUCUUUUUUAAUUAUUUUUUUUAAAGAACCCCCUUUUGCACUUGCUUCUCUACGCAUUGAUUUUAUUUUUGAAAGGAUAGCUAGACUCAAGUCACCCUCCACCUCGAUUUAAACCUGCUACUUUAUUUUUAUUAUUAAUUCCUCGGUUUGAGAGUUGCACUUGUCUGAUAAUUUGAUCUUCAGCUCGUUCUUCUGUUGCUAAACCUCGAAAACUGGCUCUCUCAAAAGAGAUUUAAUCAGUAUUUUUUUGUCCAUUGCCGUUUUUGCUCAUGGCUACUCUGUUUCUCGCUAUCUAUUUUUGCCCCUCCCAGCCUAGAGGAAAAUAGCAACAAGCAAAAAAAAAAAAAAAAAAGAAAGGAAAGGAAAAAAGAAAAUAAGAGAAUAUUAGGGGGAAGUAGUCCUCAGGUCUGCUGCCCCCCCCUUCCCUCCCCCCCUCCAAAAAGGGGGGGGGACCUAGAAAACAUCAGUCUUGAACUUCUUCCUCUUCAAGAGCUCGGGCUGCAAAGGAAACCUCCUUUGUUUUUGUUAUUUAUAUGCUGUCAAGUUUUGAAGUGGUCACAGGGAAAGCUUGGCCUGGAUUGUGAGAGCCAUAUGGAACGGAUAAGUGCGGAGCCUCUCUCAAAUGUGAUCUUUAGAGGCGGGACUGAGUAUGGAUCAUUUGAACGAGGCAACUCAGGGGAAAGAACAUUCAGAAAUGUCUAACAAUGUAAGCGAUCCGAAGGGUCCACCAGCCAAAAUUGCGCGCUUGGAACAGAAUGGGAGCCCAUUAGGAAGAGGAAGACUUGGAAGUACAGGAACUAAAAUGCAAGGAGUGCCUUUAAAACACUCUGGACACCUGAUGAAAACUAACAUUAGAAAAGGAAGUAUGCUUCCAGUUUUCUGUGUAGUGGAGCAUUAUGAAAAUGCCAUUGAAUAUGAUUCUAAGGAGGAGCAUGCAGAAUUUGUAUUGGUGAGGAAGGAUAUGCUUUUCAACCAACUGAUUGAAAUGGCAUUGCUAUCACUUGGAUAUUCUCACAGCUCUGCUGCCCAAGCAAAAGGGCUUAUCCAGGUUGGAAAGUGGAAUCCAGUUCCACUGUCCUAUGUGACAGAUGCCCCUGAUGCUACAGUAGCAGACAUGCUGCAAGAUGUGUAUCAUGUGGUCACACUGAAAAUCCAGUUACACAGUUGCCCUAAACUAGAAGACUUGCCUCCUGAACAAUGGUCUCACACAACAGUAAGAAAUGCUCUGAAGGACUUACUGAAGGAUAUGAACCAGAGUUCAUUGGCCAAGGAAUGUCCCCUUUCACAGAGUAUGAUUUCUUCCAUUGUGAACAGCACUUACUAUGCAAAUGUCUCAGCAGCAAAAUGUCAGGAAUUUGGAAGGUGGUAUAAACAUUUCAAGAAGGCAAAAGAUAUGAUGGUUGAGAUGGAUAGCCUUUCUGAACUAUCCCAGCAAGGUGCCAACCACGUCAACUUCGGUCAGCAGCCGGUCCCGGGGAACACAGCCGAACAGCCUCCAUCCCCUGUUCAGCUUUCUCACGGUAGUCAACCAUCAGUUCGGACCCCGCUUCCAAACCUGCACCCUGGACUUGUAUCUACUCCCAUUAGCCCUCAGCUCGUAAAUCAGCAGCUGGUAAUGGCCCAGUUGCUGAACCAACAGUAUGCAGUGAACAGACUUCUAGCCCAGCAGUCCUUAAACCAACAGUACUUGAACCACCCUCCUCCUGUCAGUAGAUCCAUGAACAAGCCGUUGGAGCAGCAGGUCUCAACCAACACAGAGGUGUCUUCCGAAAUCUACCAGUGGGUCCGUGAUGAACUGAAACGAGCAGGAAUCUCACAGGCAGUAUUUGCACGUGUGGCUUUUAACCGAACUCAGGGCUUGCUCUCAGAAAUCCUCCGAAAGGAAGAGGAUCCCAAGACUGCCUCACAGUCCUUACUGGUAAAUCUUCGGGCUAUGCAGAACUUCUUGCAGCUGCCAGAAGCUGAGCGAGAUCGAAUUUACCAGGACGAGAGGGAAAGGAGCUUGAAUGCAGCCUCUGCGAUGGGCCCUGCACCACUCAUAAGCACACCGCCUACCCGGCCUCCACAAGUCAAAACUGCUACUAUUGCUACUGAGAGGAAUGGAAAAACAGAAAAUAAUUCCAUGAACAUUAAUGCUUCCAUUUACGACGAGAUUCAGCAGGAAAUGAAGAGAGCUAAGGUGUCUCAAGCACUGUUUGCAAAGGUUGCGGCAACCAAAAGCCAGGGAUGGCUCUGUGAGCUGUUACGUUGGAAAGAAGAUCCUUCACCAGAGAACAGGACCCUCUGGGAGAAUCUCUCCAUGAUCCGAAGGUUCCUCAGUCUUCCUCAGCCUGAACGCGAUGCCAUCUAUGAACAAGAGAGCAAUGCAGUUCAUCACCAUGGUGACAGGCCUUCCCACAUUAUCCAUGUGCCAGCAGAACAGAUUCAGAGCCCCUCUCCCACCACCCUUGGGAAAGGAGAGCAUAGAGGCGCUUUCUUACCAGGCCUGCUGACUGCUGGACCUUGGCUGGGUGCUGCUCCACAGCAGCAGCAGCAGCAACAGCAACAACAGCAGCAGCAACAGCAACAGCAACCAGGUCCCAGACUACCCCCAAGGCAACCAACAGUAGCAUCACCAGCUGAAUCUGAGGAUGAAAAUCGUCAGAAAACCCGUCCGCGAACAAAGAUUUCUGUUGAAGCCCUAGGGAUCCUACAGAGUUUCAUCCAAGAUGUAGGCCUGUAUCCAGAUGAAGAAGCAAUCCAGACUCUCUCUGCUCAGCUUGACCUGCCCAAGUACACCAUUAUCAAGUUCUUUCAGAACCAGCGAUACUAUCUCAAGCACCACGGGAAGCUGAAGGACAAUGCCGGCUUGGAGGUGGAUGUCGCGGAGUACAAAGAAGAAGAGUUGCUCAAGGAUUUAGAAGACAGCAUCCAAGACAAAAACGCAAACACGCUCUUUUCAGUCAAACUAGAAGAAGAGUUAUCGGUAGAAGGGAACACAGAGAUUAAUGCUGAACUGAAAGACUGAGCUAGAAGUAUUAUUUUCUUUCAACAGUGCCACUGAUACUUCCCAACGAAACGAAAAUUCCAUCUCGGCGUUCUGUCGAAACAAAACGAAACAAAAACAAAAACAACACAAAAACAAAACAACAACAAACCCCCCACCCCCCACCCCCUUUAUUGUUCAUUGUUUGGCCAAUGAAUCUUCCAAAACUUGCACAAAAAGUUGAGAAAAAAACAAACAAAAAAACACAAAAAAUGAAAGGAGGAUAAUGCAGACUGCACUAGAUGUUUUACUCUGUUUUACAAACUGCUUCGCAGAAACAGAUGAAGCAUUGAGGAUUGUUUGGUAAUUCGUUUGUGUUCACUGGAUACACUGUGAGUGUACCCAAUAAAGCAUGAUACCAGUGAUUUUUGAUUCUGGAGCCUUCAGACAAGCAUUACAACUUUGGUGAUUUC